ACACUGCUCUACAACCACAUCUCUUGAACUGAAGAUGCCUGCACCCUCACGGAUCUCGAUCGCCACAUCGGCGCUGAACAGGUUGGUCAAGGAGGAAAAGUCAUACCGCAACGAGCACGAGUCGCAGAAAGAACGAAUUGCCAAGCUCGAAGCCAGCCAAGGAGACGAUGAGAACGCAGAAUACAUAUUGAGACAAGAGCGCAAAGCGCUCGAGGAGACCGAGGCUAUGUUUCCGCAGCUCAAGCUGAAGAUUACUGAAGCCAAGGAGAAGCUCGAGGCCCAGCUGGAGCAGGACAAAGGCCCUGGCGAUCAAAGCAACACGCCAGAAGAUGUCACCAAAGCCAAGGAGGCCAUAGCCGCAGCACUGGUCGCUAUUCGCGAGUCGUCGUGAGCUGCUAGCUGUGGGUGACGGAUUGGUGUUGAUUCGGACAGGGCCGUGAUAGAAAGUCGAAGGUCUGCAUCACUACGAGCAGCCAAUGUACGCUUCCAAGACGC